AUGGGUAAGCCGCACAUUAUAUCGACAUAUGAAAUCAGCGGUCUUAGAGUCUGUGACCUGGAAAUGAAAUCUACAAUUGAGUUGCCGAAGGUUUAUUCCAAGGAAAACUUACCUGUAUCAAGAAACCACAUUCCACAACAAGAUGAUGUUUCAAAAUGGCCACACCUAUCUGACAUCAACUUAAGCAAGAAGAAAAUGGAAAUACAAUUAUUGAUCGGCAACAAUGUACCAAGCGCAUACACACCCCAAGAAGUGAGAACAGGACCAAUCCAUGCACCACAUGCAACAAAGACAAUCCUUGGCUGGGUAGUAUGGAACCUUCUUCGAGAUUCUGUGACUGAUGUCGACAGCAUGCAAUAUGCCAACAGAAUAGAAGUAGCUGCUGUAACAGAAGAGGAAGAAAUGAAAAGUAUCAACAAGAUGUUGAAAGACUCGAUGAAUUAUGAUUUCCCAGAACGGACAAUAGAUGAUAGAAAAGAACAUUCACAGGAAGAUUUGAUGUUCCUCAACAAGGUGACACAGUCAUUAGAUUUCAAAGGUGGACAUUACACCAUUGGAUUACCUUUUCGAAGUGACAAUGUCAAGUUACCAAACAACUCAAGUCAAGCACUACAACGCCUUGGAAAUCUAAAGAGUAAGAUGAAGAAGGAUGCAGACUUUUAUUCCGACUACACAGAUUUCAUGGCCAAAAUUAUCGACAAGGGUUAUGCGGAACAGGUGCCAAGCAAUGAGUUUUACAGAGGUGACGGACGAGAAUGGUACAUUCCACACCAUGGCGUCUACCAUCCCCAGAAGCAAAAGAUCCGAGUAGUAUUUGAUUGCUCCGCGUUACACCAGGGCAUCUCUCUGAACAACCAGCUAUUACAAGGACCUGACCUAACCAACAGUCUGCUUGGUAUACUGUUGAGGUUUAGAGAAGAAAGAGUUGCCAUAAUGGGGGAUAUAGAGGCAAUGUAUUACCAGGUGAAGGUUCCUAAAGAUGAUCAAGAUUUCCUACGAUUCUUCUGGUGGCCUGGUGGCGACUUGUCAAAAGAUCCCUUGACCUACCGCAUGACUGUUCACUUGUUUGGAGCCAUCUCCUCACCGACCUGUGCGAACAUUGCUCUCAGACAAACUGCUGUUGACAAUGAACCUUCCUUUCCAGAAGAAGUCACAGACCUGAUACAGAAAACCUUCUAUGUGGAUGAUUUCCUAAAGUCAACGUCAACAGAUGAGAAGGCAAAAGCACUUAUCCAAGAAGUAACUUGGCUAUGUUCUAAUGGAGGCUUCCAUUUGAACAAGUGGAUUAGUAACAGCCAUAGUGUCAUGAACUCAGUACCCAUCAAAGAGCGUGCUAAAGGUACCAUGGACCCAAGCCUUGACAAAGACCAACUUCCAUCUGAACGAGCACUUGGUGUUCAUUGGAAUGUAGAAGAAGAUACAAUCAGAUUUGAUGUGAACAUCAAACCCAAGCCAGAAACAAGAAGAGGUAUUCUGUCUGUAGCAAGGUCUGUCUUCGACCCUCUUGGAUUGUUAGCACCAUUUACGUUAACUUCAAGAAUACUGCUGCAAAAUCUAUGCAGAUUGAAUAUCAACUGGGACGACGACAUUGGUGACAAAAUGAAAAGGAAGUGGCAAGCUUGGAUUGAAGAUCUGAAGUUAGUAAGUGAACUUGAAAUCCCAAGAUGUUACAAACCACCUGAUUUUGGAGAAGUUAGCGCUUGUGAUCUACACAUGUUUUCUGAUGCCAGUGAUGCAGGCUACGGUGUCGCUGCCUAUAUUUGCAUCACAAACUGUCAAGAUGAAAUCCAUUGCGCCCUAGUUCUUGGAAAGUCAAGAGUGGUUCCUCUAAAAAAGAUCACAAUUCCACGACUCGAGCUCACAGCUGCAGUUCUCUGUACGACUAAGCAAAGUGCUGACAAGAGAACUUGA